CCAUUUCUCCAAUUGGAAGCACACGCCAACAAUCCUAUUGCUCUAUUACUAUUCAACAUUCAGUGUUCAUACAUAGCCACAUCACACACACACACCACAACCCUUCUUCUUCUGCCUUGCUGUUAUCCCUUCACACCCAAAUGGCCUCUGCUGCCACCGCCACCACUCUCUUCUCCCACAACCCCAUGUUCCCCACUGAACACCACUCUCUCUCUCCCUCUCCAACCAUUCCCAAAUCCUUCACUGGCCUCUGCAAGCCCUUCCAUUCUAGGGUCCCCACUUCCUUCCCCUUCUUCCAUUGCAGGAGACCGAAGUUCUUUGUAAGAGCUACUGUUAUAAAGUGGAGAUGUCCAAAGCAAACACUCCCUCCUAAUUGUGAUACCGGUUUCCAAAAGAAACUCCUGUAUCUGGAAUCUAUUGGUAUCGACUCUUUCUCACUUAUUGAAAACCACCCGACGCUGAUCACCACCUCUCUUGGUGACAUAAGAUCCACCGUGGAAUACAUCACCUCCAUGGAUUUCACCGCAAUUGAGUUUCGGCGAAUGGUUGGCAUGUGCCCCGAGAUCCUGACCACCCCAGUCUCAGACCUCAUUCCAGUCUUCACCUUCCUUCAUCGCGAGGUUCAUGUGCUUGGCUCGGAUAUCAAGCGGGUCAUAAAUCGUCGUCCUAGGUUGCUUGUCUGCAGUGUUAGUAAGCAACUUCGUCCUACCCUAUACUUCCUCCAAAGUAUUGGCAUAGAAGAGGUAAACAAGCACACUGAUUUGCUAUCCUGUAGUGUUGAAGAAAAGUUCAUGCCCAGGAUUGAUUACUUUGAGAAUAUUGGGUUUUCGCGCCGCGAUGCAACUUCAAUGUUUCAAAGGUUUCCUGCACUCUUUUGUUAUAGUAUUAAAAAUAAUUUGGAGCCUAAAUACAGUUACUUUGUGGUGGAGAUGGGGAGAGAUUUGAAGGAGCUGAAAGAAUUCCCACAGUAUUUCUCAUUUAGCCUAGAGAAUAGAAUUAAGCCUAGGCAUAAAAUGUGUGUAGAAAUGGGUGUGUGUUUUCCUCUCCCUGCCUUGUUAAAAACCAAUGAAGUGAGAUUUCAAAGUAGAUUAGAUGUAUUUGUAAAUUCUUCUACACCCUUGAAAACAUCUCCUCUGUGGUGUGCUGGCUGUGAUGUUAAUGAAGUAUAGAAUAACAAUUGCAUUGUAUAUUUAAUUGCUUUUGUGAAUUUCUAAACAGCCAUUAGGUGCUUUUGGCCUUUCAGUGUGGAAAAGUUAGUUUAAUCAGUCAUGAGCCAUCCCUUCUAAGCCUUUUUUUGUAUUAUGUGUGAAACAAAGUUUUGCGCAAUUUCCAAAGCAAAAGAGAAAAAAAUAGCUUUGGCCAAAUUUUGUUUCUGAUGUGUUACUAA